GCGCACGAGUCGGCAGCCGGCUGGGACGCACGAGGGCUCGCUGGUCCUGCGGCGAGGGCUCAGGGUUACCUUGAAUGUUGUCGGGGUCGCCUAAGGAAGCGCAGGCUCUCCGCGCUCUUUCCGCUAAAAGCAUGAUGAUGGCUGAGACUGUGGAAAGGUUUUAAAAACGAGGUGGCCAGGAUGGUAUAGCAUUGUCAGUUAAGUGACUUUGGGGUAUUUCAAAAAUUUUUGGCUUAGUGAUUGGAAAAUGUGUUUUUCAGCAUGAACCAGGGAAUGAAUUUAUGUAGGAUUUCAGCGUCAGUAUUGAAGGGAUUAGAUUUCAGGCGCGUGCAGCCUUGCAAAUUAAUGGUCACAGUUGUCCUGUUGGAGGGCUUAAGGAUUCAUUUUGAGCAAGUGCUCUGGGAUCAGCUGAUUGCUACAUAGCAUUGGUGGUAGACCAGGGGGAGGUUAUAUUAUAUUGAUACGCAGAGAUAAGAACUAACAUUGAACAGGAUGCCUCUUAGAACUUUUUCUCUCCUUUGUGGAGCACCUGUUAGUGUUAAAUUCGCCUUUGCCUGGGUGAUGAGCAUUACUGGGUACAAUAACAUACCAGCUCUAUUAUUUAGGUAUUAGUGCACAUGUUAUACACACAUAAUCAUAUACAGUCAUGUGCCACAUAGUGACAUCUUGUUCCACACGGGCGGGACGGUGAUUCCAGGAGACUAUGAUAGACCUAAAAGUACACCUUUACCUGGGCAUGCAGCAGGCUGUACCGUCUGGGUUGUUGUAAGUUCAGGGUAUGAGGUUUGCACAGAAGGAAGUGUCAGAGUGUAUCCCCGCCCUUCUUUAAGCUACUGUGUGACCCAUAAUUUUAUAAGCUAUGUGAUUUUGACCUCUAAAGUAGGAAAAUUGGUAACAAUAACAAUAGGCAGUGUGGAGUACUCAUUGUUAGGCCUGUGUCAAGCGGUCCAUAAGCUUCAGGUCAUUGAAUCUUCAGGGAUAACUGUUUUGCAUAAGUGCAGAUUGCUCAAAAAUAUGUGGAUGUACGAGUUUGAUCUGACUGCAUCCAAAGGUGGGAUAUGUGCAUUAAGUACUGUUGCUGUUUUUGUAAAAUAAGGGUGUCGGCGGUGUAUAGUGACUCACAGAGUAAAUGAACGUUUUUCAAGUUGGAAGGUGGUUUUAAAAAUUCAUAGACCUGCAAUUAGUCCCUUUAUUUGGGUAUUCAGUAGUUUCCGAAGCCCUGUAUCUCUUAAUUAGCCCACUCCAUGGUGAAUAACAUUGUCACCCAACCGGCUAUGCUAGGACAUUGGAAAAGGUAAAUGUCAGGAAAGCGUUAAUGGCUUUCCUUCUGAAGCAGCCCCCUGCUCCAAUAUGUGAUUUCUAAGUGACUUCCCUAAUUAAGGGUAAACAAAUGUCUUAAUGAAAGAUGAAAAUAAUUUCCCAAUAGUUACCUAAAGAAAGUAAAAACAGUGGGCUGACUGUGACAUUGUUAGGUCUAGCACAAUUUCACUGGGCAUAUGAAUGUUAAGAAUGUUGGAUUAACUACACUGUAGGGAGUCUGAAGAUUUGUUGCCCAAGCUUUCAGUUUACUUUUAAAUAUCUUAAACAGAUGUUCCCUUUUGAGUAGUACCUUGUGCAUUAAGAAAUUAAGUUGCUAUUGGAUUUAAUUAAGUAACUUUGCCUUCCUUAAGUUAUUUUUACUAUGUUUCCAAAGGUAAACUUUAAUGAUUUCCAUAGGCAUAACAGUUGCAAUUAACAGUGAUUCUAGGGCCAGCAGAUGGUGUGGGUGGCUAAGGCACUAGACUCCCACAUGGCCAACUGUGGUUCGGGUCCCAGAACUGGCAGCUCGCUUUCUCACUUUUUCUCUGGUGUGAGUGUCCUUUAGCAAAUUAAAAAAUAAUAGCAAAUAAAUAAUUUCUUAAAAACCACGUCGAUCCUUAGAAUGAUGGUGGCGUCUGAUAGUUUCCAUUUCGUGAGAAUAGAAGAGAUUGAAGGGGCCAGAGAGCAUGAGGAAAGUGCUUGGAGGUGUGUCUUAUUUGUGAUUAAAGCACAUUGGAACUUUCCUAGCAGAAGGUUCUAUGGUCCAUCCUUGGGAAGAGGAAUAGAUGGCGAAUGCUUUGCCCGUCAGUUUUUAAGAGAGGGUUCCUCUACUAAAGGCAUCCUCUUUUGGAGGGGACAAGCAGAGAGGCGUCAUCACGGAAGGCCCUACGAAGAGAAAGAUGGGAUGUUCUAUUUUGGAGUUAAUACGUCCUCUCACCGGCACGGACUCCUGCCGCCACGUGCAUCCGCAGGCACCUCCCAGCUCUGACGUGGGCAGUUGCAUGGCAGAAAAAAAUUGUGUAAAAUCGUCCCAUUGAUUUGGUGACAGACCUGGAAUACAGUUCACCUGAAGACGUGUGUAAUUAGAUGAGGUCCUACCAGCAACAUCCAACGGGAGGAAGAAAAGUGGUACCUCUGAAAGCCCCAUUCUGUUUCCCUUUUGUCGGGAGCCAACAGCAUCGUCCUGGGCACCCGGCCUCCGCAGAGCGACUGCGCACGGCCCCACAGGUGGGGAGCACGCACACCCUGCACCUGCUGUCCAGGAAGCAGACAGGAGGAAGUGGCCUGGAGUGGAGCCCAGGCCAUGUGCCUGGUUAGCUGCCAGGAAGGAUGCGCCCUUGGCAGGCGUCUUGGAAACAGCCCAGUUGGCUUCCACGUCAUCGUUGAGUAUGAGAGAGAAACCUGGUUUCAGCAUGCCCUCCACAGAGGCCCGAGACAGCAGGUGCAUUCCUUCCAGAAGUCUCCUACAGCCUGUGGGGCAGCAGCCAUUCCCAGAAGUGAAUACUGACGCAUCAGGUGCCAGUGAGUGGACUGCAUGGCCGAUGACUCAUUCACAUAAUCAUGAAGAAUGGAAAAAACUGGAGAAAAAGCACAUUUCAGGAAGCAGCUCCAAUACCAUUUAGAGUUUUUGAACGGCUGAAAGAAGAUAGUCCUGACAAUAUGAGCUCCGGACCCCAGCACAUGUCUUCCCAUGUUUUUCCUGUCACAUCUGCUAACCCGCCCACUUCUGUAUAUAGCAUUGCAGUGACUUUGCUCAACUGCAGUAGCUGGGUCGGUGUGGGUAGAGAGGUGGUAGCUAGCAGCCCAGGAGGAGGGACAGGCUCUGUUCCCUGGGCUGUUGGCCCAGAAGCCGCAGUCCACUGAGUCACCGACGGGCGUGGUGUGUUGACGCAUGGCUUCUUCAUCAUGAUGUGCUGCUGCUUGUUGCUAUUCAUUGUGACUUCGGUUUCAUCUUCCUUUAUCUCCUCCCAGCCUCUGUUCAUGCCUACAUUGUUCUUGAACAGCUUUUUGGCACUGAAUGAUCGCCAUACUUCUCAGUUUAAAUGAGGAGACAUCACAGCUUUCCCAGGUUGGGAGGAAAAAUAUGGAAUGUGUUUUCCCGCUGACUGAACACAGCCAAAUGAACUGUACUGACAGUAGUUUGAAAACCAGCAGUUAGCAGUUUGUUCAGGCUCUAGCACUGUCCAGCACUUUCCAGAGCAAACGCACUGUUUACAAGAACUCCCAGCCUUACGAAGUGUAGAACCUCAAGCGUGAUUUAUUUAAAAUAUUUCUGCAAGAGAGAAGUACCUGGAACCCACUUUCCAAAAUGGCCAUGGAUGAAUAUUUGUGGAUGGUCAUUUUGGGUUUUAUCAUAGCUUUCAUCUUGGCAUUUUCUGUUGGUGCAAAUGACGUUGCCAAUUCAUUUGGUACUGCUGUGGGCUCUGGCGUGGUGACCCUGAGGCAGGCGUGCAUUUUGGCUUCAAUAUUUGAAACCACUGGCUCCGUGUUGUUGGGAGCCAAAGUGGGAGAGACCAUUCGAAAAGGUAUCAUUGAUGUGAACCUGUACAACGAGACAGUAGAAACGCUUAUGGCUGGGGAAGUUAGCGCGAUGGUUGGCUCCGCAGUGUGGCAGCUGAUCGCAUCCUUCCUGAGACUUCCCAUCUCAGGGACUCACUGCAUCGUCGGUUCCACCAUAGGGUUCUCGCUCGUGGCGAUCGGCACGAAAGGCGUGCAGUGGAUGGAGCUCGUCAAGAUCGUUGCUUCUUGGUUUAUAUCUCCACUGUUGUCUGGUUUCAUGUCUGGCGUGCUGUUUGUACUGAUCAGAAUUUUCAUCUUAAAUAAGGAGGACCCUGUUCCCAAUGGCCUCCGAGCGCUACCCGUGUUCUAUGCCGCCACCAUAGCAAUAAACGUGUUCUCCAUCAUGUACACGGGAGCCCCAGUGCUCGGCCUGGUGCUCCCCAUGUGGGCCAUAGCGCUCCUUUCCUUCGGGGUCGCUCUGCUGUUCGCCUUUUUUGUGUGGCUCUUCGUGUGUCCAUGGAUGCGGAGGAAAAUAGCAGGCAAAUUACAGAAAGAAGGUGCUUUAUCACGAGUGUCAGAUGAAAGCCUCAGUAAAGUUCAGGAGGUGGAGUCCCCAGUGUUUAAAGAGCUUCCAGGCGCCAAGGCUAGUGAUGACAGCACUGUGCCUCUCACUGGGGCAGCCGGGGAGACGGCGGCCGUCCUGGAGAGCACCUCGGUCGGAAACCACCCCCGGGUCGCGUACGGAAGGGCACUUUCCAUGACGCACGGUUCUGUGAAGUCGCCUGUCUCCAACGGCACGUUUGGCUUUGAUGGCCACAUGAGGAGUGACGGUCACGUGUACCACACGGUGCACAAAGACUCGGGGCUCUACAGAGACCUGCUGCACAGGAUCCACGGGGACCGGGGAACGGAGGAGCGGCCCGCGCAGGAGAACAGCUGCCGGCUGCUGCGGCGGAACAACAGCUACACCUGCUACACUGCGGCCAUCUGCGGCAUGCCGGUGCACACCACCUUCAAGGCGGCCGACGCGUCAUCUGCGCCAGAGGACAGCGAGAAGCUGGUGGGCGACACCGUGUCCUAUUCGAAGAAGCGACUGCGCUACGACAGCUACUCCAGCUACUGCAACGCGGUGGCAGAAGCGGAGAUCGAGGCGGAAGAGGGCGGCGUGGAGAUGAAGCUGGCCUCCGAGCUAGCCGGCCCUGACCAGCCCCGUGAGGACCCCGCCGAGGAGGAGAAGGAGGAGAAGGACACCGCCGAGGUCCACCUCCUGUUCCACUUCCUGCAGGUCCUCACCGCCUGCUUUGGGUCCUUCGCUCACGGUGGCAAUGACGUGAGUAACGCCAUUGGCCCCCUGGUGGCUCUGUGGCUGAUUUACGAACAAGGCGGGGUAAUGCAGGAAGCGGCGACGCCGGUCUGGCUGCUGUUUUAUGGAGGAGUCGGCAUUUGUACAGGCCUCUGGGUUUGGGGGAGAAGAGUGAUCCAGACCAUGGGGAAAGACCUCACGCCAAUUACACCAUCCAGCGGCUUCACUAUCGAGCUGGCCUCAGCCUUCACGGUGGUGAUCGCCUCCAACAUCGGACUGCCCGUCAGCACCACGCACUGCAAGGUGGGCUCGGUGGUGGCUGUGGGCUGGAUCCGCUCCCGGAAGGCCGUGGACUGGCGCCUCUUCCGGAACAUCUUCGUGGCCUGGUUUGUGACUGUCCCUGUGGCCGGGUUAUUCAGUGCUGCCAUCAUGGCUCUGCUCAUGUACGGCAUCCUUCCCUACGUGUGAUCCGUCUUCUUCCAGCAAGUCCACACGGGGACAGCCUGGCGCAGGUGGGGGAGGCGCGGCUCGUAGCACGCACACGCAUCCUGCCCAGGCCGGCGUCUCCCAGCCAGGCCUCCACGUCUCUUUCAGAUGGUUCCAUGCCAUGCCGCUCACCCCGGCUGCAGAGAUUCACCCUCCAGAGCUAACUUAACUGCUGUACAUAGUAACGUGCAUUAAACCGGUCUCAUGGUGAUAGGACGUGGUGCAGUUGCUUAUGUAAUAAGUAUAUAUAUUGUAUACAUAGACUAGGCAGCGUUACUUCCAACACACUCAGAAUGGAAGAGGGAUAAUUGCCUAGGAUUCGCUGUUUAAUAAAUCUUGUACAUAGUGAUCUCAGUGGCAAAUGUAAGAACCUUUAAAAGGAAAGUGUAGGUUGGAAAAUGGGUUCCAGACCACCUCUUUCCUGUUGAAUAUACUGUAAAAUGAGUGAGACUCCGCUGGGAGGCACCAACGUGGGGCAGUGUGCGUGGUCGGUGUUCUGGGAGGGACACGGACAGAGUUCACAGGUGCUUUCGCUGAAGCAGCUGUUCAUAUACUGUGUACGGAUUACUGUGUAAUAUAUCAUAAUUGCUUUGUAAAUACUUAGAACUGUCAUUUUUUAAUGGUGUGCUUCCCUAUACUUUUUUGAUCAGAGAAUUUUGGAAAGUACCAAAGAGGCAGGGGAAUAGUUUGCCAGUAUUAUAUUUUCGUCUUGCUCGUCUCCCCCUCAUUGGUCACUACCACCGGCCACGCUCCCACCUGCCUGGGCCCCAGUCACCAUCGUGUUCGUGUCACAUCCUUGGUCCCGCCCCACCAGCAGCAGCGUCGCCACCGUGUGCCAGGUACUGGUCACCCUGCAGUGGCCUGCGUUGCCAUCAGCACAGAGAAUGUAUGGUGUGAGGAUCGGGAUUAUUACGCACUACACAUCCAGUCUGGUUUCCGCCUUCACCUUAUCCCUGCAGUCUGAGGAAUGGAAUUCCCAUCUCACACUGGAGCAGACAAGGCUUCGUGUGUGCCUGGAUACUCUAGAAAUUUGUGGGUGUGGGGCAUUGGAAAACACGCUGGAUUUGAGGAUUCCUCCGAGGCCUUUACUGAGCUGAGCACCCCGACGCUCUGCUGUCACCCCGCUGGGUUCUCUUUUUGUGGUGGGUGGGAGGGAGGAGUAGGACGAAGGUCAGAGCCUGAACCUAUGGAAAUGCUGCUAAACUUUUUAUAUUGACAAACAUUUUCUUGGUACUUCAUUGUGAUUUUUCAUUAAUCAACCAUAUUAAAUUUAUAAUAAAACAUGCCCUUAAAA